GUGUGCUGAAAGAGCCAUCGCGAGAGGAAGUGCCCCUCUGGAACAGGACCGCGAACGUGUGAAUAUUCCGACUCGCUGUUUGCCUAGCCGUCGUUAUCUUCCGGACGGACGGUGACCCAACUCCAGCUUCUCUCGCGGCAGUGUUCAAGUGUCUUGCAGUCCGGCAAGUGGGUUCGCAUCGUCGCUAGCUUUCGACAAUCCAAGUGGGCAGCAUGGACAACAGUGGCGAAGGAAAGUACAAUUUCGCAAUCGACCGCGGCGGCACCUUCACCGAUGUGCUGUGCAUUACGCCGGACCGCUCCGUCCGCACGCUCAAGCUGCUGUCGGUGGAUCCGGCCAACUACGCGGACGCACCGACCGAAGGCAUCCGGCGGGUGUUGCAGCAGGAAACGGGUGGCCGUGCUCUGACGCCGAGCGGCCUCAUCGACACCGGGCUGAUCGGAUGGGUGCGCAUGGGGACGACGGUGGCGACGAACGCCCUGCUCGAGCGGGCCGGCGAUCCGGUGGCGCUCGUCGUGAACCGGGGUUUCCGUGAUUUGCUGCAGAUCGGCAACCAGGCGCGGCCCAAAAUAUUCCAACUGAACAUCGAAAAACCUUCGAACCUAUACCGCGAAGUGGUCGAAAUCGAUGCCCGAAUCGUGCCGGCUCAGGACGGCCAGUGUCAGCUGGCGGCUGCGGGUGAGUGGCGCCGGUUGAGCGGUGCUUCCGAUGCGGCUUACCUCGAAACCGUGCCACUCGAUGAGUCCGAUGUGCGGCAGAAGCUGAGCGCCCUUCGGGAGUCCGGAAUCCACUCGCUGGCCGUAGUUCUCGCCCACAGCUACGCCUGUCCGGAGCACGAGCUGCGUGUCGGUGCGAUUGCUCGCGAACUUGGCUUCCCGUACGUCACCCUCUCCCACCAAGCGAUGCCCAUGUGCCGGUUGGUGGCCCGUGGAUUCACGGGCUGUGCCGAGGCGUAUCUAACACCGCACGUCGAGCGCUAUUUGGCCGGCUUCCGGGCCGGCUUUCGCGAUCAGCUGCGCGGUGCCGAAGUGCUGUUCAUGCAGAGCGACGGAGGGUUGACGCAGAUGGAGCACUUCCGUGGUGCGCGGGCCAUUCUGAGUGGACCGGCCGGUGGCGUCGUUGGGUACGCGGUAACCGGUGUACGCGACGCCGACGGAAUGGACCUAAUCGGAUUCGAUAUGGGUGGCACGUCGACCGAUGUGUCCCGGUUUGCGGGCAACUACGAGCACGUGAUCGAAAGCACGACCGCCGGCGUUACGAUUCAGGCCCCGCAGCUCGACAUCAACACGGUGGCGGCGGGUGGCGGGUCCCGGCUGUUCUUCCGGGCCGGUCUGUUCGUCGUCGGACCCGAAUCGGCAGGUGCCCAUCCGGGACCGACUUGCUACCGGAAGGGGGGGCCCCUCACGGUGACCGAUGCCAAUCUGAUCCUGGGUCGCCUGCUGCCCGAGUACUUUCCGGCCAUUUUCGGACCCCGCGAGAACGAACCACUCGACUACGAAGCGACACGGGCCGCGUUUGAGGUGCUGCGCCGGGAAAUUAACGACCAUCUGGUUGAAUCCGGUCGGUCGGCGCUAUCACUGCAGGAGGUCGCUCUCGGGUUCGUGCGGGUUGCCAACGAGGCGAUGUGUCGGCCGAUCCGUGCUUUAACGCAAGCUCGCGGAUACGACACAUCACGACACGCGCUGGCGUGCUUCGGUGGGGCCGGCGGUCAGCACGCGUGUAGCAUUGCGCGCGAGCUCGGAAUGCACCGGGUGGUGCUCCACAAGUACGCCGGUAUCCUGUCGGCGUACGGGAUGGCGCUGGCGGAUGUAGUGCACGAAGCGCAGGAACCGUGCGGGUUGGAGUUGUGCGAAGAAAGUCGUCCGCAGCUUAAGGAACGUCUGCAGGCCCUCUCGGCGGCCUGCGUUGAGCAGCUGGAGCUGCAAGGAUUCUCACUGGCCACCGAAACGAUCCAACUCGAACCGUACUUGCACCUGCGGUACGAAGGCACGGACUGUGCGCUGAUGUGCCGCCCGGAUCGGGUGGUCGAAACGGCGACCCACACGGUGUACGGCUUCGGGGACUUUGGCCGUACGUUCCGCGAUCGCUACCGGAGUGAGUUUGGGUUCGUGCUCGAAGGACGUCGCAUCCUGGUGGACGAUAUUCGCGUGCGUGGCUGUGGCCGUGCGACGCUCUUCGAUGAGCCGCAGGUCGAGGAAGCGGCCGCCGCCUCCGGUGGGCCACUGUACGCGGAGAAAACGACCGUCGCGUACUACGAGGACGCCGGAGCCCUGGUGACACCGGUUUACGAUUGCAGCAAGCUACGCUUCGGCCACACGAUCGCCGGACCCGCCAUCCUUAUCGAUCGGCUGUCGACGAUCGUGAUCGAACCGGGAGCGAGUGCAGCGAUUACGUGCCGUGGUGAUCUGACGAUCGAGCUAAACCGGGGCGGCCGGUCAGCGCGGGUCGAUGAGCGGCUCGAUGCGGUACAGUUGAGUAUCUUCAAUCACCGCUUCAUGAGCAUCGCCGAGCAGAUGGGCCGUGUCCUGCAGCGGACGGCCAUUUCGACCAACAUCAAGGAGCGGCUCGAUUUCUCGUGCGCCCUCUUCGGACCGGACGGAGGGCUGGUCAGCAACGCACCGCACAUUCCGGUCCACCUGGGGGCGAUGCAGGAAACGGUCCAGUACCAGCUGCGGGUGCGGGGCGGCACCCUGAAGCCGGGCGAUGUCCUCCUCUCGAACCAUCCGCAGGCCGGUGGAUCCCAUCUGCCGGAUCUGACGGUCAUUACACCGGUCUUUGCUCCGGAGUCCGAGUCGGAGUCAUCGCCCGUGUUCUUCGUCGCUUCCCGUGGCCAUCACGCCGAUAUCGGGGGCAUCACGCCCGGUUCGAUGCCACCGCACUCGACUUCGCUGGCCCAGGAAGGGGCCGCCUUUAAAUCGUUCCUCCUCGUCGAGGGGGGCCACUUUCGCGAGGACGCAAUCGUGGAGCGACUCACGAGGGCAUCGGCUCCGGAAGUGGGCGCACCCGGGACGCGCAACCUGCGUGACAAUCUGUCCGAUUUGCGGGCCCAAAUUGCGGCCAACCAGAAGGGCAUCACGCUCGUCGGUGAACUGAUCGAAGCAUACGGGCUCGGAGUGGUGCAGGCGUACAUGGGCCACAUGCAGGCGAACGCGGAUUUGGCGGUGCGUGAAAUGUUGCGCAAGGUGGCACGGGAAGCGCGCCAGAGGCAAUCGGAAGGCGGCACCACGGACACCACGGACCCGGUGGUGGUGCUGGAAGCCGAGCAGCUGAUGGACGAUGGCACUCCGAUUCGGUUGGCGGUCCGGAUCGAUGAGGUGCGCGGCUCGGCGGUUUGUGAUUUCAGCGGCACCGGUGUGGAGGUGGCCGGGAACUGUAACGCACCGCGGGCCAUUACGUUUUCGGCGCUAAUCUACUGUCUGCGCUGUCUGGUCGGAUACGAUGUGCCACUGAACCAGGGUUGCCUGGCGCCGAUCGAAGUUAUCAUUCCAGCCGGUUCCAUUCUUGACCCCUCGGAGGGUGCGGCCGUCGUCGGGGGAAACGUUCUGACCUCGCAGCGGGUCGUCGACACGGUGCUGGCCGCGUUCGGUGCGUGUGCGGCGUCGCAAGGCUGCAUGAACAACGUAACGAUCGGCGACGAAGCGUGGGGUUACUACGAAACGGUGGCCGGUGGAAGUGGAGCUGGCCCUGGUUGGCACGGAACGAGCGGUGUGCACACGCACAUGACCAACACGCGCAUUACGGACCCGGAAAUCCUCGAGCUCCGCUAUCCGAUCAUCCUGCAGCGCUUCAGUUUGCGAGAGGACGGCAGUGGAGGCGCCGGGCAGUUCCGUGGCGGUGAAGGUGUUCACCGGGAGUUGCUGUUCCGGCGCCCGAUGACCCUGUCGGUACUGACGGAGCGUCGUACCCUGCGGCCGUACGGUGCGGCCGGCGGUGGCCCCGGAAUGCCGGGACUCAAUCUGCUGAUCCGUGCGGCCGGACCACGCACGAUGAACAUUGGCGCCAAAACGGCGAUCGGCGUUGAGGCGGGCGAUGUAUUCUCGAUGAAAACACCCGGCGGUGGAGGGUACGGAGUGCCGGGGGAAACGGAUGAGGCGAACGAAGCGGGCAGACCGGGAAUGGGCCCGGUGAAGCUGUUUACGGAGCGCGGGAGUGUGUACGAGUACCGGCUGGCCCAGGAGUCCGUCUGAUGGCACGACGUUGGUUUCAACUUUAACUUCUAUCUCGUGCUGAUCGUCAUCCUUUUGAUCGUCGUGGUCGUCAUGUUUAAAUGAAACGUAGCCCCGGGGCCUCCCGAGUAGGUGGCCAUUGCAAGUUUUUUUUAUCUUCUCGUUCCAAACACGUUCGUAAUCAAGGUCACACGUUUGUCCGCCACUUCCUGCGAGGCACGUCUGUGUCGAAAGCUGCGCUUCCCUCAUUACGAUCGUUCAAUCCGGUAACUCGUGCCAAAUACAUAGAAACGAAACGUAGCUUUAACGUUCGGGAUAGUUAGUGUACUGUUUGCGCGUAGCGCGUUAGUUUAGAGAUUUUACCAUUCGGAUCGUUAUUGAUUCCACAGGAUACGUAGGACCGGACCAACUAGAAGCCGUUUUGUAGAAGAAUUUCUAUAUUUCCCCCUAGCCUUCAAAGGUUGUUUAAUCGAAAAACUAAAUAUCAGGUUGGCUAAAAAGAAAUCGACGUUUUUCACGAUAGAUGCCUUUAGUGAUCGAUAUCUUGUGAAGUAUCGAUCGUACAGUUUCAAGUUUAGGCUCGUUUUAAAGCUGAUUCUUUACACUUCAAAAAAUGCUUUCAUUGUUUUUUGUUUGUUCCAUUCGUUUGUGAGUUACAGGGUGUUAACAAUGGAGGUCAACGCAGAAAAAAUUCGGUACAUUUUACAUUUUUUGUCCGAUAAAGGCGAAAACUCAAGCUAGGCUUCUGAAAUUUUGCAUGAUGUUUAUGCUGCCGAUACUCUAACAGCUAGCUGGGUGAAAUUUUGGUUUCGUUUACACGUUUCAGUUAUUUUUUAUGUUAAAGCCUACGCAGACACGUCAUCGAAAAUGUCGAUAAAAUCACAGAAAUAAUCAAAGUAAAUCGGCAUUUUAGUAUUCAAAGCAUCGGCCAGGAGCUAAAGAUCAAUCAUCGAACAGCUUAAAGCCAUUUGCGCAAAGCUGGAUUCACAAAGAAGCUCGAUAUUUGGACGCCACCCUAUUUACAUAAAAAAAACAUGAUGGCCAUCUGCACAGUUUUGGCCGCACGGAAUGAAAUCGAACCAUUUCUUAAACGGAUGGGUACUGGGGAUGAGAAAUGGGUCACUUACGACAAUAUUGUGUGAAAUCGGUCGUGGUCUAAGCGAGGUGAAGCAACUUAACCUGUGGCCAAACCAGAAAUAACGACUAGGAAGGUUCUACUGGGUAUAUGGUGGGACUUGAAAGGAAUAGUUUAUUAUGAGUCACUUCCCUGUAGCUGAACAAUAAAUUCAGAUUUCUACUACCAACAUCUGCACGGUUUGAAGAUGACAAUUGACCAGAAACGACCAGAAUCGGCCAACAAAAGAGGUGUUGUGUUCCAUCAGGAAAACUAAAUGUCAUGCACGUCUUUAGUGACUCACCAGAAAGUCCGGAAGUUUGUUUGGGAUGUUUUAAUGCAUCCACCGUAUAGUCCGGACCUUGCACUAGGCGAUUGACACCUUUUUCGCGCAUUACAAAAUUUUCUGAGUGAUGAAAAACUGAGAUUAAAAAAGGAUUAUAAAAAUGGAUUUCUCGAGUUUUUUGUCAAUAACGACUAAUCCUUUUACAAAAUAGACAUUAUAAGCCUACCUUUGAAAAGACAACAAAUUUUCCAACAAAAUGGUGCAUAUUUGACGCAAAUCGGACCAUUGGAAACCUGUUAAAUAUAGUUUUGAAGUUCACCCAAAAAACGUCGAUUUCUUUUUAGCCAACCUUAUAUUACUGUAAACCAGUACGGAAAAAGGAAAAAAAAACAUGUUUUUAUAGUAUUAAAUUUUUGUAACACAAUAUUCUCUAAUAUAUAAAGAGCUGCGUCCGAUUGACCACUGUACGAGUCGUCGUGUAUCGAUCAAAUCGUUUAGAAUAUUUACAGUUGCAGUAGAACUUACUUACAGGUGGUGCACCAAGCGCAAGCUGAUGUUUCGGUUGAACUGAAACGGGGCCGAAUUAGGCGGAAAUCCGAGGUGAAAAGUGCUACUAAUGCAUUGAUAGUCCCAACCCGUAAAUAUACAACAUUACAGUAAGCCACAGAGAUUAACGUUGUCUCGUUGGCUUGGCGGUUGCAGCCUGUAGAAGAAAAAUCACUUAUAACGGCAGAGGGCUGAAGAAGACAGUAAAUCCAUUUUCCAUUGGCGUUUAUUUCGCGAAUGUACAAUUCCCUAAACAUUAAUCUAACAUAUGGGACAAUUCUUCCUUAAGAAGUCCAUCACUGUCCAUCCAUCCAUCUGUCCAUCUGCCAUUAACGAACGCUGGGGUCUUUGCAGGGAAGCAAAAUAGAUAAAAUCUAUA